UUCUGUCUAAGAUUAUGUUUUUUCAUGCUUGCUAUUAAUCCUCUAGGGCUAGCUCUUAACAGUUUCAUGUAUUAAUCAAAGAUCAUCACCAUUAAUUCAUUUAGUUUCUUUUGUUGAAUGUUAUCUUUAUCUUGCUAAACAUGGUUGUUUAUUCUCAUUAUUAGGAAUCACGAAGGCAAUCAUCAUAGGAGGAGAGGGGUAGGGUUUGUCCGGCAACUUUAGUAACGAUAUAUCAUUGGCCGGAGCUUCUCUUAUGGCUUCUGCCUCGCCGCCGGAUUCUCCACCUUCUCCUCCUCCUCCUACGUCAUCAAAUUCACCACCUCCAUCAUCUUCACCACCUCCACCUUCAUCAUCAUCACCUCCACCACCAUCAUCAUCACCCCCUCCAUCGUCAUCAUCACCACCACCACCACCACCACCAAAUAACUCCUCCCCUCCACCACCAAGUGAUGACUCCCCACCACCUUCAAAUCAGUCUCCGCCACCUCCAAGUGACUCAAAUUCUUCACCCCCACCACCAACUAACUCAAAUUCUUCACCGCCACCACCUUCCUCUUCCAGCAAAAAGUCACCUCCACCGCCAUCAAAUAAUAAUGAUGAUGAUAACAAUUUUUCACCGCCACCACCCCCACCUCCAAAUUCAUCAUCAUCCAAAUCACCACCACCACCACCACGAUCAAUAUCGCCUACAUCCUCAAGCACAUCUGGGAGUGGAAUUAACGUUGUACCCAUAGUAAUUGGAGUCGUAGUAGGGGUGGCGGUGGUGCUGCUGCUUGCCUCCCUUGCAUUCCUGUGUACAGGCAAAAAGAGAAAGAAGAAGAGGUUAGAGUAUGAUUACUACACAGAGCAAUCUCCUGGAAACAACGGUGGUAAUUUCUACAAUGCUUCAACUCCUCAACGUCCUGCUAAUAACUGGCAGAACGGGAAUCAGUUCAAAGCUGACAAAAUGGGUAAUCUACCUCCACCUCCUGGUACACAUGGAGCCUGGCAAACGCCAUCGCCACCGCCACCUCCACCGCCUGGUCCGCAACCACCACAUUCUCCUGGUGCAGUUGUAUCUGGCAGUGAUAUGAGUUCCAAUUUCUCAGGCCCACAUGGUCCAGCCUUGCCUCCUCCGCACCCAUCCGUGGCUCUCGGGUUCACCCAAAGCAGCUUCAGCUAUGAAGAGCUAGCGGCAGCGACUUCUGGGUUCUCUCAGGCUAACCUAUUAGGCCAGGGAGGGUUCGGGUAUGUGCACAAGGGGGUGCUGCCUAAUGGAAAGGAAAUUGCAGUGAAAAGUUUGAAAGCUGGCAGUGGACAAGGAGAUCGCGAAUUUCAAGCUGAAGUUGAGAUUAUUAGCCGCGUCCAUCAUCGCCACCUUGUCUCCCUUGUCGGCUAUUGCAUUGCAGGUGGUCAGAGGCUGCUGGUUUAUGAAUUUUUACCCAAUUCCACCCUCGAAUAUCACCUUUAUGGUCGUGGUCUCCCAGCCAUGGAUUGGUCCACUAGGAUAAAAAUUGCCAUGGGAUCAGCCAAAGGACUUGCUUACUUGCAUGAAGACUGCCAUCCUCGCAUUAUCCACCGAGAUAUUAAAGCUGCAAAUAUUUUGCUUGAUCAUAAUUUUGAAGCCAAGGUGGCAGAUUUUGGGUUGGCUAAGCUAUCUUCAGACAAUUACACUCAUGUAUCAACCCGUGUGAUGGGAACUUUUGGAUACUUGGCUCCUGAGUAUGCAUCAAGUGGCAAACUUACUGAGAAGUCUGAUGUUUUCUCUUUUGGUGUCAUGUUACUGGAACUCAUAACGGGACGCCGCCCUGUGGAUAUCAAUUCAGAUACGGACGAGAGUUUAGUAGACUGGGCUAGACCUUUAUGUGCCAGUGCAGUGGAUAGUCGAAACUUCGUAGAGUUGGCGGAUCCGCGUCUGGAAGGCAACUACGAUCCUGCCGAAAUGGCUCGCAUGGUAGCAUGUGCUGGUGCAUCCAUUAGGCAUUCAGCAAGGAGAAGGCCAAAAAUGAGCCAAAUUGUUCGAGCACUAGAAGGUGAUGUCUCGCUGGAACACUUGAACGAAGGGGUGAAACCUGGCCAAAGUACUCUGUUCAGUUCUUCUAGUUCCGAGUAUGACAAUUCCUCGUACAGUGCAGACAUGAAGAAGUUUAGGAAGGUGGUAAUGGAGAACAACAGCCAGGAAUAUCCAAGCAGCGAAUAUGGUCACACAAGCGAGUAUGGGCUCAACCCUUCUUCCUCAAGUAGUGAAGAAUUAGACAAGAGUACUGAGAUACAGGAACGAAGGCGCAUUCCUUGAGAAAAUAUCUCUAGCACUGGCUUUCUCAAAUUAAGCAAAGGUGGACCGGAAUUAUUUAUUGGGUGACUCAGACAUUUUCAAGAACAGGGUUGGAAUUUCGAUUGCAAGAUAAUCACUCAGUGUGAGAGCCAUAUUUUUAUCAUCAAAUAUCAGUUGGUUUAGGUGUGGCCUUCAUUAUUUAUUGAAUGGAUGGUGGUAAGGCAAAAUAUGUUACAUUACAUUUUUCUUGUUUUUGUAAUCUUGCAUAUUCAUUGAUGGACCUCUUGUGAAAUUUGUGGAAUUGAAUAAAGGA